AUGACGCAGCAGCCGGGUGCGGAGCAGCUCAGCGGCGGGAAGCCUCCGCCCCCGCCGCCGUCUUUUCGUUUUGGGAUCCCGUCAUCCCAGCAGCCGCCGCGUUUCGCGGCCUCGCUGCAGAGCCCCGCUGCGUCAUCGGCGGCGGCCUCUCUCUCCGCUUCGGCGGCCGCAGCGUCGUCUUUUUUCUCGACCUUGACGUCCACCCUUGCGGCGGGAACGUUCCAGACGCCUCACCGGAACAAGGCGGGGGAUGCCGCCUCUUCUUCAGAGAGGCAGAACGCAGACCUAGGUUCUCCGUCCGCACACCCGGGGCGGGAGGUUGCGAGAGUCGUCUCGAAGGUAUCUCUGUCUGCCGCGCCCCCUUCUUACUCGUCGUCUCGCGGGCUCCUUUCUUCGCCGCACUCUCCGCCCUCGGCGCGGGCUGCGUGCGACUUCCUCGAUGAAGACGAUGCGUGUUCUUCUCCAGGCGACGCUGCGUCUUCGGCAGAAAGUGCAGCGGACCUGCAGGCGCAGAAGCAGCUGCUGCAGCGAAUCGUGAAAAAGCGCGAAAGGGAGCUAAGAGCUGCGCUGAUCCGCGUGCGGCGACUCGAAGAAGCGGCUGCUGCGCAGGACGCGGAGCGCCACCAGGAACGCGAACUCCUCUUGGAUGUGCUCAAGCAGAACAGGCUCUACGUGGGGAAGCGCGGGCGGGACAAUACGGAGGAUGCGACGGGCGAGGCGCGCACGCUGCCUCCAGAGGCCAGUGGGAGCGGAGCCCCGGGCGACGGCGCCGACUGCGCGGAGUCAGAUGUGCUGACUGAAGAGGAGGCGUUGAUGGGGAUUCAGAAGCUCGCAAACUUGGUGCGGCAGCUGGAAGAAGAGAAUCGCGUUCUCUUGCUCUUCGCGCAGAUGGUUUUCCCUACCUACUCUGGAUUUCUCGUCGCGCAGCCGCUGCAGCGGCGCCUGCAGCUCGACUUCGAAGAGCUGCGGACUUCGUGGUUGGAGCUCGAGGAAGACCGGGGCGUCGCGGCAGUUCAGGCGCAGCAGGUGGCCUAUGCACAAGCGAGAGAGUGGGAAGAGAAAGCGAAGAAAACCGAGCGCGAACUGGAAGAUCUGCGCGGAACUGUCGCCGAGUUGAAGCAGCAGGUGGCGAAGGUGACGAAGGAAAAGGCGCUCUUGCUCGUCAGCCGCAUGCAACGGCGCGCUGACGGCGUGAGGACUCCCCCAACAGCGCUUGCCGCUGAAGCGAAGAGAGGAUUCGAGUACGGAAUGGGAGGGCGAGAAGGCGAUCUGUGCCCGCAUUGUUUGUCGGUGUCUGCAGCGGCGGCGCGAGCUGUCGAGGCUGCAACGCGUGCGACGCAUGUGAACUCUGAAGAGGACUCCCAGUCUGGAGCGAAUGCCCAGGAUUCGAGGGAACGAACCGAGGGGGGGCACGUCGCCCUUCGAGCUGGAGAUGAUGCACAGGCGACGUCGACAGAUCGCUGGUCAGCGGCUGCUAACCUCAGCGAUGAGGGCGCUUGCGAAGAGCGACUUGAGAAAGGGGGAGUGUCUCGUGAGGAAGGGAGGGGCGAUAGGCUGGAAGCAGGGGGGGCGGAGGAGAUUCCCGUCGGUCACAGUGUAAACGACGCAACUCGCAUAGUCGGCAGCCGCACGUUUCGAGCCAGAGCUGUGUCUGGAGGCGACGAGUCCCGCGGUACGAAAGAGGCUUGUCGUCCAGCUGAAGCGGACGAUGCGUGUGAGGCUCGCGUUUGCGCACACAGCGCCGAGGCGCAGAACUGUGCAGUUUGUAGUCAGGCGAGUGAGGAGGCUCACAGCUCUCCUCGUUCGCUGCAAGAGGAUGCAGCACCUGGUCGCGGCAGGAGGAGGGAGACAGACGCAGCGGAGCAGGGGUCGAAUUUCCGUUUCGUCUCCGCAGCCACGAGCGAAGCCGCGAGCGGGCGAAGCUCGAGAGUCUGCAGCAGCGGCGAUCAGCCGCAUGCAGCUGAGGCUUCAUUUUCGGGUCCCGUUGGAGGAGGCGCGAGUGAGAGCGCCGUGUCGCAGGCGCGUUAUGAGGCGGCAGAGUUGAAGCGGAAGCUGGAGGAGACGGAGAAGGCGCUGGAGCGGCAUCGCGACCAUGCGCGAGAGCUGCUUGCGCAGAAGGACGAAGCACUCACUCGUCUUCAACAGAAGUUGGCCGCGCUACAGCGGCAGAAAGUCUCUCGUCAGCCUUCCCUCGCCUCGGGCGCGGGCUCCAGCGGCGCCGACGCUUUGUUCGCAGAGCCAAGUCUGUCGCCCACGGCGUCUUCGCAGCUCCCAGGCUUCGCAGGGGCUUUUCCGGCGGUGAACGGAGCGGCCCGACCGGAGACAGCCGCCGUCAUGCAACAGCUCGCACUCCGGCAGACGCAGGCGUCGGCAGAGAUUCGUGGGCUGCAGGAUGCGCUCCAACAGGCGCGUGAAGAGACGGCGCGCGAGCGACAGGAGAGUCAUCGGCUGCGGGCGAAGCUGCAGAGGGAGGCGGCGCGGAGAAGCCUCGACGGCCGAGACACUCUCGCCGGUUUGGGCUCCUUCCCUCCGUCGGGCGCCGAGGAGGGGAGUGGCGGAGACACCAGCUGCGGGCACGUGGAGGCCGCCGAGCCGAGCCGCGAGAGCCGCAGCCGGCGGGAGGGCUCGGCGAGCGCGCGCGCGGCUGAAGACGACGGGGUGAUACGCGACGGAGAGUACUUGAGAAACGUGCUGAUCCGCUACGUGCAGUAUCAGAGAGAGGGCAACGAGAAGGCUGCGGACUCGCUAUUGCCCGUCCUCGCGACCGUGCUGAAGAUGAGCGAGAGCGAGAAACGCCAAAUGCUCGAGGCCGGAACAGGGUCAGUUCUAGGCGGCAUAGGAGGCGGUAUCUACGCGGCAGUGGCGCAGCAGCUGGGCUUGGGUUCGUAA